AUGCAAAAAACAAAUUACUUAAAAGAUCGAGCUUUUCAUUUAUGUUCUUUCAUUUUUGUUAUAAGUCAAAUAAUAGAUAUUUACUUUAUGAGAAACGAUUUCAAUAAAGUACUAUUAAAUAUUUCUAUAACAGCUUUAAGUUUUAUAGCCAUAUGUAAAACUAUAUCUUGUCUUCUUUUACAAUCACGUUUACAAAAAGUAAUCAAUGCUAUCAAAGAUGAAGAAGAUAUACUUUAUUUAAAUGAUAAAUUUGAGAUAAAACGUAUGAAGAAUUACAAAAAUUAUGCACGACUUAUAACAUAUUUGUAUUGGCUAGUUAUCUUCAUAACUAGUGUUGUAACGAUUAUCGCACCAUUUUUAAAAUAUGCGUCGUCUUCAUCUUAUAGAGAGGAAAUAAAAAACGGCACUGAACCAUAUCCACAAAUAAUAAGUUCAUGGUUUCCUUUCGAUAAUAAUAAAAUGCCGGGAUAUUUUUUCGCAACACUAAUUCAUACGAUCAUGACAAUCCAAGGAGCUGGUGUUGUCGCGGUGUACGAUGCGAAUGCGGUAUCAAUAAUGACAUUUCUAAAAGGACAGUUUAUAAUUUUACAAGAAAAAUGUCGUCGAAUUUUUGGAGCUGAGGAUGUAAAUUUAACAAAAUCAGAAAUUUACAUUAGAAUUAAAGAGUGUCAUAGACGUCACAAUUUUCUGCUGGGAUUGUAUUCAACAUUUAAUUCAAUGAUAUCGCCAGUUAUGCAUUUAUAUGUCCUUGUCUGUUCUAUAAACAUUUGCUGCAGCGUGAUACAAUUAAAUUUGGACAAUGUGGCAACAUCACAAAAAAUAUGGGUAUUCGAAUAUGUUUCUGCACUGUCCAUACAACUAUUUUUAUUGUGUUGGCAUAGUAAUGAAAUAAAGGUGGAGAGUGAUCGAGCAGACCGUGGUGUAUACGAAAGCAAUUGGUGGAAGGCUGACCCGAGCGAACGUAAGCAGCUCCUACUGUUGGCAGGGAAAUUGGCCCCACCGUAUAUAAUGAAAGCGGGUCCGUUCACUGAUCUCUCCAUUCCUACAUUCAUUGAUAUAAUGAAAGGGACAUACAGUUUUUACACCCUGUUUACACAUAUCCAAGAGAAACGAGAAUAAUGUAAAAAUCGUAGUUAAAAAUACACAAACUUUACAAUCACAGAGACGUAGUUUGGUCUUUUAUAUAAAAAUGUUUAUUUCUCAUGUUUUUUUGGAUCCACUUAAAAAAAU